AUGUACGCUGCGACGACAGCACAGCGAGAGCCAAGUAUGGAUUCAGGAGCCGUGGGCGGGCUCAUAUCAGAUGUAGGGGAGUGGAUGGACUUCUUGAACAGUUUGGAGUCGCUUUUGGCCGCUGCCGAGGCGCAGACCAGCUCUGGGUCGGCGGAACCAUCUCUAGUAUCCCAAGCACAAGAGCUAGUUCGUGGGAAGAGAAAGCUGCUGCGAAGACGACUUUUGGAGGGCUCUCAAAGUACCACUUCAGCGGUUGUAGAUUCUGCAACAGAAUCUUCUUUUGACUUGGAACCGCUGGAAAUGGGUAGCACGAGGUCAGUUUUUACGACGAAUAUUGAUGUGGACGUUCUUGGAAGUUUUGAUACUACACAGAUCAUUAAGGCAAAUCGUGAUUCAAGCUCAUCUCAAGGGUUUGUGGACGCUUUUCGGCAAAUUGCAUUACAGAUCAAUCCGACUCUGGAUUCCAAUAGUACCUCGACUCUGAAACCAGCAAAGAACACCGAAGCGCUUGAAAGUUCAAUUCCACGACCUCUCUCAAACAAUAUGAUCGUGCUACAUGAAAUGAGAAUGCAUUAUUUCAACCGAUCUUAUCCGAUUUGGCGAAAGCUUUUCACACACAGUACGCAGUCCCGCAAGCUUCUGCGCUCAAGACCGAAGGAUUUACGACGUAUGACGUCUGCCAUUUCGCCCAAAAUGACAUACUUUGCACUGUGCUCAUCAUCGCAGUAUUUUAUUUAUCGCAUAGCCACCGACUUCAAUGACCCACCCGAAUUAAUUUAUAAUGGCCCUGUCAAAUCGGCAUCAGAGGACACACACUAUUUUGUAUCUAUGAACGAAAGGUGGGUUGCAUUCGCAUCAGUUGAAGGCCAUAUUUUUAUUGUCUGUCUUGCGACGGGAAAUAUCAUAUACAAGGACGACAGUGACUUCAACAUACAGGCCCUUGACGUCUCCCUCAAAGGAUCUUUUGUGGUAUACACAAUUCUGAGCACCGACAAAACAACCCUCAAAAAGCAGCCUAUGAUUUGUAUAUUAUGUGCCAAUGUUGCUGGAGCAGAUGAUGAUGCAUUCUCGCAUAUUGACACAGUGACUUUUACAAGCCCUUAUUCUGAUAUGAUCAAGACUAUAAAGGUAUCUCCUGAUGAGACGUUCCUCAUGUGUGGAACUGAUGAAGAGUCUAGACUGUUCGGUGUAUCUCUCCUAGACCCUCGACAACCUCGAAUCUUGCUGCGCUCUAGUCGUAAAGUCAGUGACGAUCCUGAAUACGAAGGUAUCACUGACAUAGAGUUCUUUGACGACUCCAGGUCGCUGUUAGUCACCUCUGUUUCGCAGGGGUGCCCGCCAGUUAUUUUUGAUACUAAAAUUUCAAAUGGUCAGAGACGCGGAAGCUCUUCAUCUCACACUACGACAAAUAUUCCCUCGGUCGUCAUGAGAAUUGACAAGUUUGGAUCCAAAAUUCACAGGGCUUUACCCUCUCCCGUAUGGCGAGGUGCUGCUUUUGUUGACAAAAGUGGUGCUGUAUACAUAUUAGCCUCCUCCAGGCUGGCCACAGAGUCCAGGAAGUUCACGGUAUGCCUCGAGGUUGCGGCUUCAAAUACAAAGUUCAAGGCCGCUUCGAUUCAAUGGUCACCUGAUGGUACUGUAUUGGUUGCAGUCGACCGAAAGGGAGUGUUCCAGGCUGCUGAUUUCGGAGCUGGUCUUCCUGGAUCCAGUGGUAUGUCAAAAGCUAGAGCGCUGAGUUGA